AGUGUUGUUUGCUCGUCAUUCAAAAUUCAACUUUCUAGUCGAAGGCACAUUUGACCCUGUUUCCUUCCAUCUAAAAUUGUUUGCUUUUGCCAUUUUAUAUGCCCCGUCAACGUUCCGAGACUCGAUCCUCUGGAAAUGGAUCGGUGCGCCGGCAGCCCGGCAGCAGUCGCCAAAGCAGCAGCUAUGCCUUAAAUUCCCAUGGUGGCAGCAGUAGAAAUCUGCCCGCAGUGCAGAAACCAACAAAGAACUCUGUGGCAGAUGAGAAGCCUUCUACAUCUACUUCGGCUCCCGCUGGAGAGGGCAAGGGUCGAAGCACUGGGGAUAUGUUCAAGGAUAUGGCUACCACGGCGGCGGGCGUGGCUGCUGGAUCUGCAGUUGGUCAUGCCGUGGGCGCUGGCAUCACCGGUAUGUUCAGUGGGCGUGGUCAGACAGCACCGGCACAGGAGGAGGAGCAGCAGAAACAGCAGCCAUCGCAGCAAAAAGAGGAAUCCGGAGCUAGAAAUCUACAGCAGCAAUAUCGAAGCCAUCAGCUGGUGGAGGAUGGACCCUGCGCCUUCGAGCUGAGGCAAUUUCUCAAGUGCACCGAGGAGAACAAUGACAUUUCGGUCUGCAAGGAGUUCAACGAGGCCAUGCAGCAAUGUCGCCGGCGAUAUAAUGUCUGAAGAAAGCAAGAAAAUGCUUAUAGACAUGGAGAUCAAAACCUAAUCCUAUUUUAAAUGAAUCUCUAAAAGAAGUUUAUUAAAUUGCUUACAAAAA